UCCCCUGUCUUCGUGAAGUAGGAAGCGCUCACACACUCAGCGCUGGGAAUUAAAAGUACGCCAUAAAUAUGGCGCCAAAAGAGUUCACAGGCUGAUGAUAGAUCUAGUGAGGAAGCAGGACUGGUAGAUGUAGUGAGGAAGCAGGACCGGUAGAUCGAGUGAGGAAGCGGGACUGGUCUGGGGGUGUUCGUGCAGAUAGCGGUGUUCAGGUCGGGCUCAGGAGCGACAGACCCAGCAACUAAAACAAGGCGCUGUGUUUUUUCGGAGGACCGUUGCGAAACUGGCUCGCAAUCUUUUUCUGAGUCAUCUCCCUGAAAGCAUCUCUUCUUCUUCACCCUUCAUCGGCACUGGGAGGAAACCAGUCGGGGCGCAGAGACCAGACCUGUCGGGUUCACACCAUAUUUGGACUGUUAUGGAAAUGCGACACGAUUUCUGAACAUCUUGCGCGCACCUCGCAACCUGCGAAAUCGUAACGGACUACCGCCGCUUACCAGAGAAAAUACCUUCUGGCCGUCUCUACUUUUCCCUAACCUCUGGAUCAGGACUCUCCACGUCUCCGCAGAUCGAUGUGACGUGCUGUCACGGCGGACAGAGGGACGGUCCUGUCACCGCCGGGGAGUCAGGAGGGCUUCCACCGCCUAGCAGCGCUAGCAGGCGGGCACCGUGCAUGUCAGGGUCCUGCUCUAAACUACAUGUGGCCGGCUUCAAAUGAGCUCCUAAACCCCCCGGACCCGCCCGCCGUCCACAGCCGAGGACGCUUCCCCGCUCCGCGCCGACUGAACGGGGUCACACAUACAUGAAGAUGGAGAGCGAAAGGAAGAAGAGGAAAUACUCGACCAGCAGUAAUGACUCUGACACCACUGACAGUCAGGUGAUGUCUUGGUCCAGUUCAUCCAAGAACACGGGCACCAACAGCACCUGGGUCCGCCUCCAGCACAAGAAGCCAUCAGAGGUGUUCCGCACCGACUUCAUCACGGCCAUGAAGCUGGCGGACUCGGCCCAGCUGGGCGACUUCUACGUGCUCUCGGACCCGUGGAGGCAGGAGUGGGAGAAGGGGGUCCAGGUCCCAGCCAACCUGGAGGCCAUCCCCCAGCCCGUGGUCCGUCUCCUCCCAGAGAUGGGCGUGGCUUCUCCCUGCGGGCCGUCAGGGCGGACACACCCUCGGUUUGCCUGUGAGGAGGACGAGGAGGAGGAGGAGGAGGAUGAGGAGGGGGACGAAGAGGAAGAUGACGAGGAGGGCGAGGGCAGUGUCAUGAAGGUGAUGAGAACCCCCCUCCCGCCACCCCCUCCAGCCCAGCUGUACAGCCGGUAUGACCUGGAUGAGCUGGACGUGGCCUGGCUGGGUCUGGUGAACCAGGAGUUCAGACAGAUGGCGCUGCCGGAGCUGGACGAGCUGACCAUGGAGAGCGUGCUGGUGGAGCUGGAGAGCGUCUGCCAGGAGAAGAUGCAGCAGGCCAUCGAGACGGAGGAGGGCCUGGGCAUCGAGUACGACGAGGACGUGGUGUGCGACGUGUGCCACUCCCCCGAGGGCGAGGACGGCAACGAGAUGGUGUUCUGCGACAAGUGCAACAUCUGCGUCCACCAGGCCUGCUAUGGGAUCCUGAAGGUGCCCCAGGGGAACUGGCUGUGCCGGACCUGCGCUCUGGGUGUCCAGCCCAAGUGCCUCCUCUGCCCCAAGAGAGGGGGAGCGCUGAAGCCCACCCGCAGCGGGACCAAGUGGGUCCACGUCAGCUGUGCCUUAUGGAUCCCCGAGGUGAGUAUAGGCUGCCCUGAGAGGAUGGAGCCCAUCACCAAGGUGUCCCUCAUCCCCUCCAGCCGGUGGGCCUUGUCCUGCAGCUUGUGUCGAGAACACACAGGCACAUGCAUACAGUGCUCCAUGGCCUCCUGUAUCGUGGCCUUCCAUGUGACUUGCGCGUUCGACCACGGCCUGGAGAUGAGGACCAUCCUGGCGGAGAACGACGAGGUCCGCUUCAAGUCCUUCUGCCUGGAGCACAGCGCCAGCUCCUCGGCCACGCCCCCCACCACGCCGCUCGCCGCCGCGCACGCCAACGGCAGCCAGCAGCAUCACACAGCCACCGCGCCCGCCGCCAACGGAGCGCACACGCCCACCACGCCGGACCGGUUCAGACCGGAGACCGCCCACCACCCGGGCGCAGGUCACGGCGGAGGCGGCGGCGUGGCCAACGGGCGCCACGGCGACCCGGAGCUGAGGCCCGGGCUGUCGGCCAGCGAGCGGGCGGAGCGGGAGCAGCUGGAGAGGGAGAAGGUGAGCCAGAGGAAGCAGAAGCUGCAGGAGCUGGAGGAUGAGUUCUACCGCCUGGUGGACCCCAGAGAGGUGGCCCAAAGACUGGACCUGCCCCACAGCCAGGUGGACUUCCUGUAUCAGUUCUGGAAGUUGCGAAGGAAGGCCAACUGCAACCGUCCCCUGGUGACCCUGAAGAGGGACGAGGUGGACAACCUGGCCCAGCAGGAGCAGGACGUCCUGUACCGCCGCCUCAACCUCUUCACCCACCUCCGUCAGGACCUGGAGAGGGUGAGGAACCUGUGCUACAUGGUGAGCCGGCGGGAGAAGAUGAAGCACAGCCUGUGUGACCUGCAGGAGAAGAUCCUGCACCUGCACAUCCAGCUGCUGGAGGACGAGGUGGCCGGAGAGAAAAACCCAAAGGGGGAGAAGAGGAGACCAGUCGGAGUGAAGGAGAAAGGAAAGGAGAGGAGGAGGAGGAGUCCUGAGAAGAAGAAGGAGAGAUGGAAGUCUGGCAACAGCACCCUACUCAAAGAGCUAGGUUUGCCAAAGUCCUUCCCAUUGGACAACUCUCUGUUUGACAGCUGGCUGGCCCAAUCGGUUCAGAUCACAGCGGACGACAUGCUCAGCGGGUGGGCCAUGAGCUCCCAGCACCAAGACAAGAGCGCCAGCCUGCUCUCUGACCAGCUCCUGCAGGGCGAGGAGAGCCUGCUGAACCUGAUGAUGGAGAACUCCAUGCACUCUGCCUGGAAGACCCCCCAGCUGGGCCGCAAGCCCCGCUCCCGCAGCCUGCCCCGCCCCGCCGCGCCCACCCUGCCCCACAGCCCGCGCUCCGCCGCCGCCGCCGCCACCGCCACGGCCGGCCCCACGGGCGCCACCGGCCUCCCCGCCGCCGAGAGCCCCCGGGGCGCCGCCCUGGGCGAGGAGAAGCCCAGCCCCGCCCGGAGGGGGGAGAGGUCCCGCAGCGCGUCCUCCAAGACGCCCCAUCACCCCCACCCCCAGCAGAGCCGGAGCGUGGAGCCCCAGAGGGACCCCCCGCCGCAGCCCCCCAUCUCCAAGAUGGACUCGUGUCACAUCUCGGAGGAGCUCGAGCGGGGGCCGCGGGAGGGCCUGCAGGCCAGCGACGGGACCGGGCCCGGGGCCACCGCCGCCGCGCCGGCCCCCGGCCUCACCUCCGCCUUCACCCCGUCCAAGUCCUCCAGCGCCGGGACCCCGGGGCCCGGCGCGGCCUCCCUCCCGCCGCGUGCGGGGGCCCUGCGGCUCCGCCUCUCCCGCCAGAGUAAAUCCAGGGGGAGGGGGGGCGGGGCGGUGUUCGUGGCGAGGGUGGGGUCCAGGGAGAAGGCAGCGCCCCUCCCAGCGAAGGAGUCGUCCCGGUUGAACUCUGCCGAGACCGACGGGUUCUUCUCUGACGGCGAUCAGAGCGACUCGGAGACGCGACCCGCCGACCGCAAGCUCCAGCUGGCCAAGUUGCAUUCUGGGAGCGAAGACCUGCUGAGAAGGAGCGUGCUGGCGUCAUAAGGGACAGAGACACUCCCGUACCGACCUGGACACACAUUCACACUGGGCAGCAGCCGGACGCUGACGCAUCAAGGAGUCCAGGUUUAGACCCUCGAUCUUAUCCCCCGGCCACAGGCAUACGACCGAGGGGAAACCUUCGAUGAUCCAUACCUUCUUUCUUUCUUUCCAGCCUGUUCUAAGCCGUUCAUGAGAAGCUACGUUUCAGACAAAUAGGAAAUGGUGACUUUGUUCAUUUUUAUUAUUUCAACUUUUGCCCCCUUUUUACCUUUCCCAGUGUCUAAAGUAUGCAUCUUUCUAGAAGCCUCCUGUGUUACCCGGUAACUGAGUUUGGAUCUGAACACUUUCGGGGGGGGACUAAGUGUUCCUUAAGCUGGCCUUUUUUUUCUUACCUUUGUGGAAUCUUUGUCUUCUUGGAUGUGUUGAUCCUGACGGCGUGUGGGUUCAGAGCUGAGCUCCGCUGAGAGGAUCUGUGAGAGACAGCGGCGUUUACCGGGCCUUUUAGCUUGAACAAAACCCCAACUUAUCAUCUAGACUCAUUCAGUGAUGGACCUGUUUGCUACUCGUGGUGAUUGCUAUGUAGCCUUUAUUCUCAAUAGACACAGAGGACCUUCAAUAUUUAUUAUCCAAAGUCCUUUAUGGCAAAAUCAACUUGGAAAAUAACUCCCAUCCCCAAAUCAACUGGGUAGAAAACUGGCUUGGCCCCAAUCCUGUCAAUUAAAACCGUCUCACACACACAGAAACACACACACACACACACACACACACACACACACACACACACACACACACACACACACACACACACACACACACACACACAGAAACACACACACACACACACACAGAAACACACACACAGACACACACACACUUGACCCAGAUACUCCCAUGAGCCAGCCCCUUUGCUCUCUUUUCCAGCAGUUAUGUUUCUUAUGCACUCAGUCCCCGUCCCCUCGGCUGGGGUUCCAGGGAUUCAUGCUUUGUCCUCCUGAAUCACGGGGGGGAACACACAUUCAAACUCUGUGCCUUUCGUCGCCGCGAGUCCCCACAGCCCCCCACGCCCCAACACACAAAACAAAGCAACCUUUUCAAUCAAUCAAACAAUCAAUCUUCACGUGAGUCAAUCAGUCCUUAUUCAAUCUGAUUCGCUCCAAUCAAACUGGUAGGAGCCCUGACGGGUCGCCGCGGCGACAGUCUCCUUAAUGAUUGUUUAGUGCCUAAAAUAAGGGAGUAAGAGCAGCGUUCGUCAUUGAUCAGCACACACACACACACACACACACACACACACACACACACACACACACACACACACACACACACACACACACACACACACACACACACACACACAC